UUCUGUAGCUUAUCUUCAACGUUUCGGAUUGCGCCCGGCUCAGUGCCAACUGGACCUUUACUGUGCAAAGAUCUCGUGAUCGUAACCUCCAGAAUCUCCACGGUCGAGAGCCUACGCAAACAGAAUGACCAAAAUCGUAGCCUUCGCCGCCCUGUGCCUUGUCCUCGUGGUGAUCGUUGUGGAGUGUUCCUCCACCGGCGAAUGUCCGCUAGCGUCGAAGGUACAGUCCUGCUCGCCCAAGUGCCUGACCGAUCGUGAUUGCUCGCAAACCGGUGGCAAGUGCUGCUCCAAUGGCUGUAAUCUGAAGUCGUGUGUCGAACGCAACAAGCUUACGCAAAGCGGUGAUAAGUAUGGUUCCGGAUCUGGCUCGUAUUGUGGCAGCACAAAGUGCAGUUCGUUCGAGAAAUGUGGAACCGAUUCGGCCACCAAGAAGCCAAAGUGUGUCCGAGCUUAAGCGGACGGUGUGAUUAUGGCGAAACGUUACUCGAUUUUUGAUGAAAUAAAUAUUUGACAACAUUUUC